CAAUCCAAUCCGCUGUCAGCUGUCAUGGCAUCUCUCGCCAAGCUGUCGGGGUUGCUCAGGCGGUUCAUCCGUGUUUACAUUGCGUGAUUCUCGUCGAUCGCGCUGGCCGUCGUGUUCGCCGCAGAGCCGGCGAAAGCGUCGACGCUUCGACAAUGCCCGAAUGGAGUGUCACCGGCUGGCGCGCCACGCACGUCGUCGCUUACGUGCUGGCGAUGGCGACCUCCAUCGCUGCGCUGGUCUGUUAUCGCAACAUGAACGCCAGGCUUCAUACCACGGUGGACAAGUGCCUGCUCUUCACGAAGCCCUGGAUCGAUGUUGACGCAUCGAGCGGCAAGUGCCAGAUCGACUACACUCGCAUCGAGUGGAGCAGCGACAAGCUGUGCAACUACGUGACCUUCGCGCUGCUCGCUUCGUUCGUGUACAGCAUCGUCGCCGUGUGGUUUUUCGUCAUGUGCGCGCCAAGCCGCGGGUCGCAGCUGAAUGAGAGCGACACUUACACAGUAAAUGGCCACAAGCUGAUGAGCAUCGUGCACGUGUGGAAGAUAGUGGCACCAGCAUCAAUGCUGAGUGGCGUGAUGGCCCUCAUCACUCUCGUCAUGGCCUGGAAGGUCACCAACGGCAUGAACAUCUUUUUCGACGACCUCAACAUGGGGGCCCAGAGAAAUUGCAGCACCAGCAAUUUGAUAAGCUGGAAAGACAACACAGUGGCUCUGCUCCUUGGCGACCGUGUACCCACAAAGUUGUCAGUGUGGCUUGUGUUUUUUUGUUGGACGUUUGCUACAUUGGCGCUCAUAAUACGAUGUGCCACGGCGGCUGACUUCAGCGAGAACAAGCGGGAGGUGGCUCCUCUCGCGGCCCCCUCUGGUACUAUGAAGCAAGACAGCACCGAAAAGAAGGUCUCGCAAAGUGUGCGAAGUUCCAGUAUGAACCUAUUUGUGAUGAAGCCACAAGCAGCUCAACUUGCCAAACCUCCCUCGGUGGAUCAAGCCCACAGGAUGCCUAAGGAGGACAUGUCUUACGAUGGCUUGUAUCAGACAUCCGGGCUCUGAGUCCUGCACCUUCAUGACAUCCAGUGAGACUGGUUUGGUCAUCCAUGUCGCGCGUGUACGGGCAUCCCAGUCUACUUAUUGCAGAUGGCCUUGUCCCUAAUGGACAACAGACUGUUCUACUUCUGUAUGUAUGUUCUUUUUUUGUUGAAACGACAAUGGCGUGAUGUGCUUGUUGAUUAUCUCAUAGACUGCCGCUUUUAAAAGCAUACUCAGCUGUUGCAGAAGCUAUAUUAAGAUCUAUAAAUACAGAUUGUAAUAUAAGUCAAUGUUUCGAGGGGUGUGUUUGAGGUGUUUUCUGUUCAGCACUGCACGAGACAUGCACUGCUAGCACCUGGCUAGUGGCAAGGUAUUCGAUCAAGUCUUCCAGUGACUCCCAUAUGAAAAAAAGCAAAAAGAAAAAGCAGCAAAGGUCUUCCUUUGAAGAGCAUGAAAGGUCCUGGGAAACUUGCUUCAUGAGCAGUUCAGUUUACUGAAGUUUUUCUUAAAAGGAUGCUAGCUGGACUUUCACUCAUUCUGCUGAUGUUUCAUCUCAACAACUGCUAUUCCUCAUGCAGCCUUAUUAUGUAUCUCUUACUGGUACUCAACCUGUCAUAGAGAUCAUCGCUGAAAGAAUUGGCAACAUUCUAAGCUACUUGCACGCAUGUGAACUGCAGAAAUCCUUAAAAAUAAAUCCUCAUAAUUGAUUCGUCUGUGUUCAUGCGGACAUCAGUUAAGCUCAAGGGCUACGUUUUACAUUCACUGAUGUGCUAUGUUGAAGGAAGGUUGGAAGCCCCCAAGAAUGAUUAAUUUCAGCCACAGUUCAAAUGCCUGUCACUUACUGGUUCUCGAGUUUUGCGGCGUACUUUUCAUAGAUUAAACUGACGCAUUUGAUGACUAUUAGCCUCUCCUAGAGAUUUUGAUUGACUAGCUGCUCUGAUUUGCAAGUUUCUUCUAAGCAAUACAGCUAGUUUCUUUGGAUGCUCACGGACAAUGCCCUGAUGACUUCUAGGUCGGCCUUGCCGUGAUAUUGUGGCACUGCAUUAGCUCAAUUUCAUAGCUUCAUUACAGUGUGUGUUGACACAGACUAUAUAUUUCAGAAUAUACAUUCAUGAAUGACUAGGCGUGUUUGCAUUAUAAUGUCUAUAUGUUUUAACAAGUGCUUGGACGUUUCAUGAAGCAAGCCUUGAGAUGUGAUCAGAAGCCUAACUCAGCAGUGAACAUUAUGUGGCAGCUUUUCCAAAAUUUUCCUAUGAUUCAUCUUGGAACGUCGUACAUACAGAAGAGUCUUCUAUCAUGUAUAUAUGGAAAAGCAUCUUCAACAUGGAGUUGUGCUGUAAUCCGAUUGAUAACAUUGCUGUGAAAGUUUAUCUCUGAUAAAAAGAGAGCAUUAAAGAGUCUGGUGAUCAGCACUCUCAUGCUUCACGGUUCAAGACUGGUGAUUUUUUUUUUUUUGAUUGAGAAAGCCCUGCAAAUCAGGUUCAAGGUUUGUCUCCAGACUUCCUCCAACUUUCAUGACCUACAAGAACAUUAUGAAGCUACCUACUUCAAACUGAAGCACAAGGUGCACUUAGGUUACUUAAGCAAGAAAGACUUUAGUCUUUUUAACAAGCUUUUUAAUGUGGCUGGAAUGUUGAACCAAAUGUGUGUGCACAGCAAUUCCUAUGUAUGUUUUGUUUCGUUUGUUUCAUGCCCAUGACCACAGCAUUUUUCUUUUCUGUACUGUAACCAUUUGGGGCUGAGGUGACUGAUUCCAAUGAAGUUCUGUUCCUUUUAUCAAGUACCCAGUCUGUGUCAUAAUCAUACACGACUAAAUCUAAAAAUUUAUGUGAAGGAUUGGUUAUGGGGCAUAUUUAUGGUUCUGAAAUCGUGUGAUUAACUCGUUACAGUGGAAUUGUGAUUUGGACAUUUGGUUGAUGUUCAUCUUCAAGCAGGAACAGCAAGGAUGAAGACUGGAAAAAAGGGAAUGAGAAGCACAGUCUUUUUACUCCCUUUAGUUAUGUUUUUGUUCUUGUUUUAAUGUGUUUCUCUAAGAUAGCGUGUUACAGCAUCAGUAAAAUAUCUAAAGUGAGUUGGUUCAUUUCUAAGGGAGAAAGAACAGCACAAAAAUUAUGCAACAUAGUGCGAUGCAAUAGCUUGAAGUGCUUACUAACAGCAGGGGCUUGGUUUGUUCAGCAAGCAGUUGGAAAAUCUAGACAGAAAGGCUACAAAGGAAAACAAGGCGCAGAUGUCUUUGAAAUAAAUGGCUACAGAACUGCUGUUGCAGUUCCUGUAUUGCUUAACGAUAGCGUGGGCCUUAAUAAUUUUGACAGGCAUGCCAACUCAAUAUUUCUUCGAACCUUAUAAAAAGACAAGUUUGUGCAUGCACUGGCGAGCGUGAAGUGGCUUGCUGUUAAUGGGUCCACUUUUUAGCAUAGUCUAUUUGUGUUAUCUUGUAUUUUUUGUUAUAUGCUUUCAUCCGCUUGCUUCCCUGGUUUGAAGCAGUAAGAUGUCUAUUGUCAGUUAGUAUCCUGGGUUGCUUUGUAUGAAAACAUGUUGUUCUUAUUGAGGCAAAAUAGAUGCAGGAGGAUGGAAAGUGAUUAAAAGUGGAUGCACAAGUAAAGCUUCAGCCUGGAACCAACUACAUAACACAAAAGCCUUGGUCGAGAUGAAGACAAGCUUUGUCAAAAUGUCAUUGACUUUGGGCUGAGGCUUCCCAAUGUCCAUGCAUGUUGAAUCAAUACAUGCUGUUCUUGUGUGUUUUUGUCCAGUGUGAAUGUAAAGUAUACUCUGCUUAACACUACUUGUGUGAAAGGACUAGUUUGACUGAGUUGUUAAAAGCUAAUUAUUUACCAUCUACCAUAGGUGUGAUGAUGUUGAGUGUGGUAGGCUAUGCUACAUAGACUGACUGAAUGUGUCUAUGUGUCCUUUGUUGCUUGACAGGGUAGCAGAUUCUUUUAUUGAAGGAUUGGGCAGUAUUUUGUGUCACGCAAUGCUUCAUAACAUGGGUCAGUUAAAUACUGCGCACAUCAAAAUUAAGCUGUUCUUUUUUUGUACAUUGCAUGGAUUGCAAUGAUUCUCAAUUGUUCACUUCAUAGGUAAGCUUUUUCAUGUACAGUGUGUUCAUUCUCAUAAUUAAAGUGUACAAUGUUUUCUAGAUCUGUUAUAAUAAUGCUGUCUUUAAGUCACCUUGUGAUGUUGAGAAGACUGUUAGUCACACAGUGAUAGUGCCUUGUGUAUCAAAAACUCCUUUGUAGUACAAUGCUGUGCUAUGUCUUACUUGUGCAGUCCUGCAUUAUGUGUGGAAUGUGAUAGAACAUCCUUUAUAUUUUUGUUUUGUUUUGCUAGUGGAGAGGCAUUUUGCAGCCAGGUCUUCCACCAGCUUCUGCUUGAAAUCCAAAAUCCAUUACUUGCAUAAUUGCAAGCAUUGCAGUUUGAUAAGUGGAUAGGAUUUAAGCAAAAUGUUUAUUCCGAACGUUCCUUAACCACUUUCAUCAUCUUUGUCAUUGAUGCCGAGCAAUGCCAGCUGUACAUCCCUUAUGUCGCCUUGUUGACCCACUGACUUGUAUUUGCUGUUGCCUUUGUGUUGACUUUUGUGCUGGGCUGGUGGCAAGAGACUGUUGGUAACGUGAAGAAUCACUUGUUGGUUAAACCUCUCGCUACCUACCUCUCUCGAUUUUUACCAAAGGUCAUUCUUCUGCUAGCACACAUUUCAAUCACCAUGCUUCUACAAUUCACUUUUCAUUGAGAGCACUUCAGAUUGCCCAUAGUUGAUUUCUGAAUGCUUUCUUUACCAAAGCAAGUGCCUUUGCUGGCACACAUUUGAAUUGAUGUGCCUCAAUGAUUCACCUGUCAUUGGGAGCACCUCGAAUUGUCUUGGAAUUGUUCUGAAGAGGCAUAUCAGGCAUGUAGGACUCUCUUUUCGGUGUGAAAUCAAAUAGUAGUUCUACAGUUUUUGUCUAUGUGUGCUAGUAUGCCUAGAGUUCAAGCACAUUGUGAAAUGUGUGUCAAAGUCGGCUGUUUGUCUGAGCUCUCGCUUUUGCAAGAUUAUUCUUGUGCCUGAAAAGAAAAUGCGAUGGAAUGCAGUGUACUAUGUGGCAGCACGUCACUUAAGCUGUACUUGCUUGUACUUCAUUGAAGCCUUAGAACAGCUUUUACUAUCACCUUAUUUGUUAUAAGGUGCUUUUUGAUUAUAGAGCUUCACAGUCACCUUUCUGGUCCAGAAUAUUUGAGUAUGAAUACAGUAGAGUGUAUAAAUGUUGUGGUGCAUAGCAAACUGUGAAUAUCAUGGCACAGAAUUUGCAGCACUAGCGCUCAUAUAACUUGCUUUGUUCUCUGUAAUGUGAACUGAAGUUCUGCAUCUGAUUUUAUGACAGUUAAUUGCUAACCCAUUUGGCGUGGAGUUAUUGUGGAAAAAGUUACACUAAAACCUGAGGCACAAGAGAAGAGUGACACUUUUGAUGUGUCGAACGUUAUAGUGGGAAAUUUUUUUUACUGUGGGAUCUGUGUUCAGACUCGGAGUUGCGGGAGUAGGGGAUUGCGGAAGGGAUGGUGUGGGGAUGGAACUCUCACCAAAUAAGGAGUUUAAAAGCAGAAAAAUCUUGCUCAAGCAUUUCUCAAAACCAUGGUCCUAAUACAGGAAAUCUAGGCACUGAGGAUGCCAGCUCACACAACUAGUGCGCUCACGCAAAGUGUCUGUUGGCACAUCUCAUCUCUUCAAAAUGGAGCAUCUGUAGAUGUGUUGAAAUAAGGAGAAUUUGAUCGCCAUCACUACUUUGUGCACCACAGUGCAAUGUUUUUGUGACAGCUUAGCUCACAGCUCACUGUAGCUCACAAUAUGCCCCUGAAGACCUUUAGUUUUAUGUCACCAGGGUCAUGUUUGAUGCUCACCUUUUCUUGAUUCCUGCUCCACAAAGCACAGAGCUUUCCUGCUCAUGCUAAACAAUCUAAAUAGAAGACAUGCACACUAAGGAUAAAUUAUAAAAUAGAAAGCUUGCGCAGGGAUGGUUGGGUACGUUCCAUUAAGGGUAUAAUUUGAGAUCAUUCAAAAAUUGCAGUGAAAUUUUGAGUAGAAUAUUUCUCUGUCAACUAACGUGUUUAUUAUUGACAGGAAGCAGUUUAUCUGCGAGUAUAAUAUACCAUGCAAACAGAAAAAGACACAGCAGAGGUUUUUAAGUAGUUUAUGAAUUUUGACCAACUAGCUUGAUCACUAACUGAAGUUUCUUCUUCUCUGCUGUUUCUGUCUUUCGGUAUGAUUAUUAGUAAGUGCACAUUAGUGUACUUGUCAAAUAAUGGUAUUGACGUAAUGCUCAAAACUUGCUGUCACGUUUGACCCUAUGGUAAAUAAUAUAUACAGAAACAUUAAGACUUUCAGUAGUGCUCAGAAGUGAAAUCUUUGCUGUGCAACAGCCAUCACUUACCACUUUUUUCUGUUCAUAUCGCAUCCUGGGGCGAGAUCAUGCGAGCAUCUCGCUUUCCAAAUGUUCGCUUUGCCUUUUAGUUCACCGAGUAGGUAGUGUUUCAUUUGCACUCCUGCCUCGCCCUGCUGACGACCGCUGAUGAAAGCAUGGCACCGGCCAAUGACGAGAGCACAAGCGAACAUUUUUGGAAAGUGAGAUGUUUGCACUAUUUCGCCCCUGAUAGCAGCAGACUAUGUUUUAUUUCUGUUAUAUGAUUCGAUGUAUUUUAGCUCAUUACCUUUGCUGCAUGCUCUCGAUACUGUGUUGAGCAGAUCUUUCAGUGUUAGGGUUCAAAUGUUUUGCACAUUUUGGUGCAUAGCUCAGAAACAGUCGGUUCAGCUGUUACAGAAGCACACGUGUACACUAAAAAAAAAGGCGUCUUCAGAAAAAGUUACGUUUGUUGCCUUAUUCUGGUAAAGCUCAGAGAAUUAACUUUUUUUUUAAUCUCCACAGCAAAGUUUUCUCACCUCACUGUCUACAGAUCGUAGAAUAUUUUUGUUUGUAUGCUUUGACACUUAAGACUACACUUUUCUUAGUACCAGAGAGGUAAACAUAAUGAGAACAUGUAUGUUCUUUGGUGAAAAGUUGCGAGCCAUUAAGUGAGUGCUGCAGAAUAUCCCAGUGGUGCCAUCUAGUUCUUAUCUUCAAAUAAUUUGACUUGCUUCAAAACUUUAGGCAAAAAUGUUCUAUCCUAAUUUAACCUAUCCUGCUGGUAUAGUCCUGCUCUAGCGACAAACAUUACCUCAUUUUUCAACGAAAUCUUGCAUAGCUUUUUCCAACAUUACACCUAACAUUCGUAGUGAAUGGCAUUGGCAAACAGGAUAUAGGUGGUGCCGUGCUGGGUGACACUUUGUGUUACGCAUUGUUUUGAUGUAUGUAGCAAAUGAACUUUUUAUAUGCAUUUUUGUUUAACUGAUGCAUCAUUCUAUUAGUGCCUAUUAUUGUACAUUUAGCUCAAUAUUGAUGCACUCAAGAGAGCUUUAUGAUGUGUUGGGAAAUACGAUUAACACAGGUGUCAAGCAACUGUAGCGCUGACAUUGUAAAGUCACUGUUGCCACAUUUUAGUUGUACGUUGGUUUAUUGAACAGUUAUUCCUUCACCUAUCUCUGUUUAGAGCUGGUCAUUCACCACAAAACAUUUUUUUUGCGAUUGCUAAGUACAAUGUUCACCCAUACAGCUGAAAAUAAGUAAAGCUUUAUAGUCAACAUGUUCAUGGCCUGCCACACCAUGUGUUAUGACAUCACCGUGUGUGUUAUGACAUAACCUGGACACAUGCUGGCUUUUUGAGGAAACUAAUAAAGUCUGUGGCCUAAUGUUGUAGUAGUUUCCAAUUGAGAAUUUUAAGUGUUGCCAACAAUAAAGGCAUGAACGAAUCACAAUGUGAUAUGGCUGAUGAUGGUUAAAUGUGACCCACAAAUGCUGUAUAUAUUGAAUGGCAUGUAGUAAAUGGGUAUGAUUAUUUGCAUGUUGUGAACUUCCAUCGAGUCAUAUCCGACUCUUGGUAAGACCACGAAUAUUUGACCAUUGAUAAUUGAAUAGAUGUAGCAAACCUGUCAAGGCAAGCAUCGUGCUCACUGUGCCAUUUUGUUAAGGCUUGGAAAAGUCCACUCACCUAUGUGCUCUUAACAAGCAUAAUAAUGUGUAAACUAGUAACUGCCAUCAUUCAACAAGAAUGCAAUUCACAAAAAAUUCUUGGAAUGUGAGGGGGUUCUCAUAGUUCUGCAUAGCUUGUGACAUUACAGAAAACCAAUCUCGUCAUGUACAUCUUCAUUGGUGUCCCACUCAGUGCUUGGUGUAGUUGGCGCAGGAAGUUGACAGGGUGUGGGAUCAGAGAAAUCGGCGAAUAUUUCUUCAGCCUGAAUACAUAGCCAGAUCUCGGAUUUCCUACCAGUGGUAAUAUACAUCGCCAACAUAGUGUUGUACUCUUUCACUUGGUGUAAAGCAAAGCUUCAUUGAAAUUAGGCUUUUUCGGGGAACUGUCAUACUGCAAGCAUUUGAUGCCGAUUGUACUCCUCAUUGUGCUGAGUCGAUAUGACACUCUAUAGCUUUAUUUAGCAUACAACAUUUUGUGAUCAUUUCAGAAUUAUAUGUUGCAUUUACGUUAUAUUCGUAUAUAUGAUGUAAGGCAUCCAAACUCAUGCCGACACCUAUUUGAAUAUAGACUAUUCAAAUUGUUGAUCUCAGGUGCUACCAUCAUAGUUCAUUAGUAUGGAAGCUUUAUAACUUCCCUAUUACUAGCAUCAUUAGUUCCAUAGAAUGGCCCUGCAAAAUCAGUGAAAAAAAGUCAAUUCAAGCAGCUCGGCAUUAAAGUUAUAAGCAUUCUACAAGGGAGAAUUCUAUAGUUUGCACCAAACACUAUAAUUAAUUGCAGCAUCACAAGCUGUUUAAGAAUAGUUGUAAGAGUGGCAUUACCACCCACCCUGUUGUGCUUUGAGUUCUUGGCAAGGGAAUGUAGGGUGCUUGUGUCUUUGUCAAUAUAUGACCUCUUUAAAAAGGCAAGUGUAUUUCAGCAAUUGCCAACUGGGUCAACGAGCAGUUUCAGUUAAACCUUGAUAUAACAAAUUAUGGAAUAUAACGAAAGACACCUAAAAUGUUUGUUGCUGAUAUAAGCAUGUAACGAAUAUAUGCUUACAACGAUUAUCGGAUAUAACGAAUGCAUUUUUUGUGUCACGUGCAGCUUUUUUUAUAAUGAGGUUCGAUUGUAUUAUGAAUGUAGGUAAGAUCGAUAUUUGUGGCACCCUUUAUACCUAUCUGUGUGUCACGAGCCUAUAUCCAGGUUGUUGAGUGCUGUUUGCCACGAUAGUAGCAGCACCGUUUGUGAUACAGCUUGGCAAUGAAUGCUUGUAGUGUUGUCAUAGCCUAAAUGAUGAAACUAAUGCCGUGAUUGUUUUUGUGUCUGGGGCAUCUAUGCAUAAAGGUUCGUUUUGACAUAGAAAACUGCAUUGUUAGAGCGAGUGUUGUAACACAGCACAUGCAUCACAUUUAGGUGUUUACAUUCCUUGAAGCAUAUCGAACAGUGUUUUUGUUGUACCUCUUUUUGCCAAUCAAUAAAAUGGUUUGUAGCUUUA